AAAAAACAAAAACAACCGUGUUCGGAAGUAUGGACAUUCUAUAGUUGAGUACAUAAUGAAAUUCAUCUCCAAUCUCUUGUAAAUUACAGCAGUAAAGGUCAGAGGAACGUAAUAGACCAUAACCUGCCGGAAGAAAAACGAAACGCCUGGGAAACAUUUCAUCAAUUAUACAUUUACUGCCCAGAUACACAAAACUGAUUACAAACAAAAUCAAUGGUAAAACCCAGUCUUCCCUGGGUUGGAUGCAACAUAACCUAGAAUGGGCAACAUGUGGUAGCCACACAAUGAGGGGUAAUAUAAUAGGCCUUAAGAUCAACUGGAAAUUCUCAUUUGUGAACAUUAGCAGGCCUAUUUAAAGUCAGAUGAAUUUUUCGUGGUUCAAAGGCAAAAAGAAGGAAAAUAAACAACCAAAACGGAAGAUCCGGGUGGCUUUUAGAGAUCGUCAUGGUGAAACCGGAAGGCACAUUGGGAUUCCAUUUUUCGAACCGUCAGUGGGGUGUGAUACUCCGCGCCCAAGAGAACCAGAUGUGACAAUUGAAUCCUUGCCUCGGUUUUGGGAUUAUACGUCAUAUUUCAUAAUGGAGCCCCACGGGGAAUUUGUGCUACAGUAUUUAGGGAGCACCGUUCUCGCCAAAGCCACGUCGUCUGGACUAGGUACAAUCCAGAAACCUUUACGGGACUCAUAUUUUGACUUCAAAAAGCAAUCUGGGAAGAAAAGCAAAUCUAAGGAGUUGAAAGAAGUAGCUCUCCAUAUUAACGGGAAUGGUCUGGCCGUUAUUGUUGCCGGUGUGCAUCCCGGAAAUGAACUUUUUUAUGACAUGCAGUCGAUUUCCUUUUUUGAGGCUGUUCGAUUCACAACUGUGAAAGGGCAUGAUAAGAAAUUUCAGGGCGGAUUCGUACCCAUAGAUAUCAAUCGUUCGCCUAAUACAGGCUCUGAAAAACUGUUUACACCAUUAGAUAAGAAAAACAGUCACUUGGCAAAAGUGGACCACCCUCCCCUUCUCGCUCUUGUUAUGAGAAGAAAUUCUGGUGUGCGGGCACUGGAAUGUCAUGGAUUUGUGUGUGAUAACGAAGAUCAAGCAUUACAUAUUGUUUCUUUGAUAGCUAUGUUUCAAUCUCGCUCGAUGGACCCUGGACGACCGGAAUUCAUGAGACAACCCUCUGAUCCAAACUAUGAAAGAGAACCUCCAUUACGGCGACCCGAUCUUAUACAACCCGCGGAAGAUCAGCGACAUAUGCAGCUCACUGAUGAGCAUCUCCGUGGUCCUCGCCAUGGAGAAUGGGAAGAUUAUAGACCCGAAGGACCAGCUUCCGACAGAUACACGGGAGAUCCAUAUGGUCCACCAGGACCACGAGAGGGUUAUCCAUCAAACUUAUCAUCAUCUGGAAGAUUCGAUAACAGGUACCCCCCUCAGAACUAUGACGAAAAUGUGCGUUACAGACAUGAAAGAGAGCAUUCGAAUGAGUACAAAAGACCGCCAUCAAACGAAUUCCACCACGAACGGCAACCUUCUAACGAAAUUCGUCGUGAUCGACCCCCGUCUGACUAUCGUUACGAAAGACAACCGUCGAUGGAAUACAGGCAUGAUCGCCAACCAUCAAGUGAAUUUCGCCAUGAGCGACAACCUUCAUCUGAAUUUAGGCACGAACGUCAAAUGUCGUCAGAAUACCGUCAUGAGCGACAAGGAUCAGGAGACUUACCUAGGGGAGAUAACAGAUACUCAAAGGAAGGAUAUGACCCCGGUGGAAGGCAAGGACGACCGGAAGCGAGGCAGGACGAUUACAGGCUUCCCCGAGUGAUGUCACCUGGUCGUGUUCCUCCUACCACCGCUCCAAAACCGCCGCGUGCUAUGUCACCCACACCUGGACUAAGAACCUCAAUGGAAGAUCGUUACAUGGGCAACGAGCCUCCAGUAGUUAAACGAGGUCUUCCUCGAAUUCCGACGACUUCCGAUGAGCCACCAUUUCAGUCGCCAACACGUGAACGACCUCCUUCCUUUAAAGGACCAGAAUACUCUGCAUCAAGUUUGGAAAGCAGACAGGAUAUGGAUAAUCAAAGAAUCAAGCCCGUCGCUCGAGUGCCACCGCACCUGGUUGCAGGAGUUAAAGUUCUUCCCACGGGUUUUACAGCAGCUUUACAAAAGAAACAAGAGGAAAAAAAGUCACCUCGUAGUCCAAAACAAGAGCGUUAUGCCGAGGAAGACCCAUAUGAUAAUGCAAUGAGUAGAAAAGAAUUUUAUGAGCGAGAAUCAAAGAAGGACUAUAAUCCUAGUGCUCCUCCUGACCUCGUCCCGAGGGACGAUCAAGGACGGAGGUGGGAAGAAGAUUACAAUGAUUAUGACGUAGUGAUUCGAAGAGAUCAAGAAAAUCAUCAUCAGAAAGGACCCGGAAAUUACAGAUACAGUGCUCCACCUGGAGAACUCGGCAAACCUCAAAAACCCUGGUCUUACGAUGAACAGUUCCAAAAAUAUGCCCAAGAGAAAGGUCAAAGUAGGUCUACAUCAUCCUAUGAUACAUCACGUGACCCGCAGGUCGGGGAUUAUAGACACGGAGAGAUUGCUGAUAUGUUUUCCCAAAUGAACGUUCAGAAUCCUGUUAGACGACCAGAGGUCACCAAUGACACAAAUUUUGAGCAAUCUCUCGGAUAUUUUCCAUAGUGUCUUAACUUGUUUUUCGAAGGAAGUAAGCGUAUCAGACAUAUAAGUUUCUGUAGUAUAAACUUUUGAAUUAGUUCACUUAUCAUUAUGAAUGUAUCAAGGAUUUUCACAAAAUAUAUUUUUAUAUCUAUAUUGUACAUGUACAACAAAGAGCAAGAUCAAAAGGAAAGCAGGGGUCAGGGCUCUUGUGGUGGAGCUAGGGGUACUAAUUCUAUGAUUAUCAACUGUUAACAUUAAGUAACAACACUACGAGCAGUCUCAGUGAUCGGUGAUCCUAAAUCUCCUCAAAGACGGAACACUCGCCCACCUCUCAAAACGCUUGGAUUCUAAAACGAUUUGUGUCUCGUCACGAAACAUGUCAUGGACAUGUACUAGCGGUUAAGAAAAUUUCGCUAAAAAAUCUAUGAACGGUUUUAUCAUAAUUUUGUUGACAUAGACAAUCCAAGUGUGUAUCUAACCAUUCCUGUAUUUUUCUCAAGAAGACUUGUAUCAUAUCUUGGUCAAACUGUACAAUGUGAAAAAUCAGUGUGGUGACGUCAUCUUGUCUUUGCCGCAUCUAAUGUCGGCUGUGAAAUUAGUUAAUCUUUCUCUUUUGUGUUUAAUGCAUAUUAGUUAUCAAAAUUGUUUAACAUUGAUACUAAAAUUUCCAAAGUAAGCAAUGUGGAUGAGCAGUUCAUUAGUGACCUAUAAUAACAUGUAAUCUAAUUGUUACUAAAUAUACACUAAUAUUCAGGUACUUCGUUUGUUUAGACAUGCGCAUUGUUAUACUGCAUUUAUCAACUCAAUGUUUAUUCUCAAUAAACAGAAAUUCAUCGCA